ACCAGUUUCAGUAGUGAUCCCUGCACCGCCGCAUCAUCAUCGUCGCCAUCAUGAACGCUCUGUUCCUGCUGACUGUCCUUUGCCUGGCAUUGCCCAUUUACGGCGAGGAGACGCAGGUGACAAAGAAGCAGGACAAACGAGGCGUCCUGGGUCUGGGAUACGGUGCACUCGGACAUGGAGGAAUAGGGUUUCAAGGCAACCUGGCUGGCGUAGGAACGGGUUACGGAGGAUACGGACACGGUUACCUGGGCAAUGCCGCGACCUAUUCCGCGGGUCAUGGUGCCGCCGUCGCCGCCGCGCCUGCUUAUUCCCACACUUACAGCGCGCCAGUGGCCUCCCAUGGCUAUAGCGCACCUUCGUACACGUCUUAUCGUGUUGGUUACGCGGCUACCUUAGGACACGGCGCGGGUGCAGGACUCGGUGCGGCAGCCGGCGCGGGACACGGUGCGGGAGUCGCGUACGGCGCGGCGUACGGCGCGGGACACGGCGCGGGACUCGGAGCUGGUUUCGGCGGUGGUUACGGCCACGCCGGUGGUGGUUACGGCCACGGCUUGUGAAAAGAAA